AUGUCCAUCCUCUGUCAAGCAUCAUAUUUGAACAGGACAGACUCGUCGUUCGACGAACUGGCCGCGAUCAGAUUGACACUUCGGCUACAACGCAUCGUGUGUCCCUUGCACGAUGUACAUACCGGCCAUGCAUUUGGACCAAUCGCAGCUCGUCCAGUCCUCGUUGCCAGGAGGGAAGCGUUGCGAAUUGGGCGAAAGGUGGUGUCGAACCUCCGGACAUGGGCCGACAGACACGUUCGACUGGCACACAAAGGCGGCCCGACCUCGGCUCCCCACCCUCUUGCCCCGAGCGCUAAUGCUACUCCCGGCCAGGGUCAUAAUACACCUGCAGGCACAACACAACUCGGCUGUCUGCACAAUCGUGUCCAUGCCAGAGUCGGUACGCCCACCGAAUGGACGGCAGAGCUGAGUAACCUAGGCAAUCGGGCCGAAAGAAAUCACUGCAGCAGGACCAUAUUCACUAGCUUCCAAUUGGAUGAACUCGAGAAGGCCUUCAUAGAAGCCCAUUAUCCUGACGUCUAUCAGCGUGAGAUGCUGUCAUCGCGGACAGAAAUCCCCGAAGACAGAAUACAGGUACUCUUUAUGAUAUAA